ACCCAAAGUAUGGCCCGAAUUCGCCCAUUCUUGCCCUCGAAAGCCCUGAGGUCAUCCUUCAGGGCUUCUAUACGGUACACCAAGCCCAGACAUCUCGUCACACCAUGACCGCACCACCAACCCGGCUCUUCGAGCCCAUCCGGCUCGGCAAAGUCCAACUAUCCUCCCGCAUUGUGAUGGGCCCCGUGUCCAGCAACGGAGCAGAUGAUAAUAACGUCCUCUCUUCAGUGGCAGUCUCAUACUACGCCGAGCGUGCCCAAUUCCCAGGAACACUCAUCAUAGCCGAAGCUACAUUCGUCUCGCCCCAAGCCAGCGGCAUCUCAGAAGCUCGAGCUGGAAUCUGGUCCACGGCCCAGAUCGCCGCAUGGAAGGAAGUGGUUUCCAAAGUUCACGAAGCUGGAAGUCACAUCUUCUUGCAGCUCUGGGCUCUAGGCCGUUCCGCAGAACCAGAGAUUAAGCAGAAACAAGGGACUGGUGAUGUCGUCUCGAGCUCUGCCAUACCCAUGGAAGGUGGCCCGGUUCCGCGUGCGUUGACUGAUGCUGAAAUUCGGCAAUAUAUCGCAGACUACACACAAGCUGCAAAGAAUGCUGUCGAGCUUGCUGGUUUUGAUGGGAUCGAGCUUCAUGGGGGAAAUGCCAGCUUGAUCGAUCAAUUUACCCAAGAAGUCGUGAAUCAACGUGCCGAUGACUGGGGUGGCAGCGUGGAAAAGCGAUCACGCUUUGCACUUGAGAUCACGAAAAGCAUUGCUUCGGCCAUCGGACCUGAUCGCGUAGGAUUUCGCGUUUCGCCGUGGAGUACGUAUCAAAGCAUGGGGAUGCCCAAGGACAAGACCAUUGCGCAAUUCUCCCACCUGGUGCAAGGUUUGAAGGAGCUCAAGAUCGCUCAUUUGCAUCUCGUGGAGUCACGGAUCGCAGGAAGGACCGAUGUUGACGCUGGAGAACCUCUUACUCCGUUCAUUAAUUUGUGGGCGGAUGCUUCGCCUAUCAUUAUUGCUGGCGGCUUUAGUCCAGAGAGCGCAAAGGACGCAGUUGAUGAGGAGUACAGGGGUAAAGGUGUAUUGAUUGCAUUUGGUAGAGCCUUUGUCAGGAACCCUGAUCUUGUGCGCAGGAUCCAAGAUGGGACUGCGCUACAGGAAUAAAUUUCAGCGUGUUCGGAAGCUGACCCAGCGUGUCUAUGCCAGGCAUAGCGCAGGCUCUACGGCAUGCAAUACGAACAAGAGUCGUAAUUUAAAAUUUGAACAAUGACAGCACAAAA